AUGUUUACACGUCGAAACACUUAAUGUUUCGACAGAAUGUGGUCAAUUACACUCACAUUUUUCCGUGAUUGUAUAGUGAGCUAGUCUCUGUGAAGGUGUCUAAACAUAGAUGUGUCAUUAGGUAAUGACAGGCGGCCCAGGGUUACCCUAUGUCACCCUUGUGCCUCCUUAUGUCACCCUAACCAAUUAUAGCCUAUACAUUACAGCAGUGAAGGAUCGGGUGCCUGUGUGUUGGUGGGAACUUGACCCAUGGGAUCCUAGUUUAUGGCUGAUAACUGACACUGAUGCCAUGACAGUGGACAUCAUGGUUUGGGAGGUGGUGACCCCGGCCGUGCGGUUCAGCGAUCCCAAACAUCAGAACGUGCCAGAUUCAGAGCCUGAACACACAGAGGUGAUGAUGGAUGCAGAUGGAGACCAACCACAUGAGCUGCUCUGCUGUGAGGAACGCCUCCCCUCCUCACCUGGCUUCCCCACCAGUGACAGCUACAUGGAAUACGACGACCUCCCAGACCUGCAGGAGGUCCAGGAGGAGGUGGAGCUCACGGCGCCGCCGGUGUUCCAGGUGGCCGUGGGUGUGUCGCACCAGGAGCGGCACGCGCACGCGCAGCCACCCGACACGCAUUGGCUGACGCAGCUGGCUCACAUCGCCACUGGGCCCCAGAGUCCGCUGCUGCAGGAGUCUGCUCACAGCAGCCCCCCUGCGGUCUGCCUCUCCAGCACCAGCACUAAUCUACAUUCCUACGCUCGGCCUCCUCCACCUCUCCCCAGCGGCACCGUGUCGCCCCCCAGAGGUCACGUCAGGGAGCGUCGGCGCAGCAGGAAGAGCAGUGAGUGUGGCUCCGCGGUGUCAACCAGGUCCUCUCUGUCUGAUGAGGAGGACAUGGGCUGGAACUUCUCCUGGCCACCCACCGCCUGGCACUGCUUCCUCAAAGGCACUCAUCUGCGCUUCCACGGCAGCUCUAAUGUGGAGUGGCAGGACAUCGAGGACCUGGAGUCUGCUGAGGACGACUCCGGUGAUGAGGAGCGGUCCACGUCUCUGAAGAGUUAUGGCUCCGAGGGUCUGCAGCUGGUGCAGCAUUCAGAGAUUGUGUUGGCAGGUCAGGCUGUCCUACAGCUGACCUUUGACCCCGGGGCAUUCGGACGUGCCCCCGUCAGCGCCCGGUGCCAACUCGAUCACCCGUUCUACGUCAAAAACAAAGGCUGGUCGUCAUUUUACCCGAGCUUGACUGUGGUGCAUCAUGGGAUACCGUGCUACGAGAUGGAGGUGGGAGGUGUGUGUCUUCCUCCAGGACACAGAGAUGCCAAACACACCGACGACUCGCUGGUCUUUGACACAUUCAGGAGUUACGACUUCACCCCUCUGGAUUCCUCUGCCGUUUACGUGUUGAGCAGUAUGGCCAGACGGCGGCGGGCCUCCCAGUCCAGCGGGGGAGCUGUUUCUCCGGACAGAGACACAUCACAUGACAGUCCCGGUCCCUCCCACGCCACUCGUCAAGCGCCAACCAAUAGCCAGCAUGCCAGCACGGCGGGAGGUAACAAUGCCACGCCCACAAAGUGCAAGCGGCCAAUGAACGCCUUCAUGCUGUUCGCCAAGAAGUUCCGGGUGGAGUACACACAGAUGUACCCAGGGAAGGACAACAGAGCGAUCAGCGUCCUCCUCGGUGAGCGAUGGAAGAAAAUGCGAAGCGAGGAGCGGCGGGUGUUCACCGUGCAGGCCAAAGCUCUCGCAGACGAACAGAAGAGGCUCAACCCAGACUGCUGGAAACGCAAACGAACCAACUCGGGUUGUCAGGGAAAUUAAAGAUGCAGAAAAGAAGAAAGAACGAUCAGCACAGCUUACAGGCUUACACACACACACACACACACACACACAAACACACGCGCGCUGAGAAGUAACAAGGAAAAGGAGCUAAACAUAUUUUAAUACUAUGCUUCAAGAUUAUAUUUUGUUAACAACAGACUUGUUUGAUCUCCCAAAACGAGGAGAGGAUUCAUAUUCUUCUUGCUAAUCUUGUCAUAGUGAAAAGAGCCGCCGCGCCUGCUUCUUUUAGACAUUUCGAGCGGCUCUCAAGAACCAUCGCUUCCCUUUCUCUUGCUUUUAAAGGGAGCUAAAUGUUUAAAGUGGUCUAAAGCAUUAUCUGUUGACAGCAGUUAUAAGAGGCUAUGAAACAUGACAUUUUUAAUGCUGCAGCGCACCGUAGCAGAGAGGACACUUUUUCUCUUCCAAACCAAAUUAUGCGACAGAUUUACUGGUUUUAUGUGUGACUGGAGUUCAUCUCCACAAGUGAUUUUACAACAAUGUGACAAUAAAUAAAAAGUCCGAGACUCUGAUUCAUUUUCAGUUUCUCACCAUAUGCUUGAAACAGGUGGAGGUUGUGGUGCUGUAGCAUUUUAGUUGAAGUAGAGAAUGUAGCUAUUUUUUUUUUCCCAAAAAUGAUAUAUUCAUAAAAUGAUAUAUACAAAGUA